AUGACUCACUCACGAGAUAUCUUCCAGGAAGCCCUCCAGAAAUUCAAGGCACGUCUGAAGGCCGAUGAAGAGAAAAAAUUCAAGUUCACAACCUUGGACGAUGUACGGCGAACGGUGCAACAGAUUCAGCAGCAGCAGGAGCGAACAAAGACAAUGCAGAAUAUGACUCGUAUAAUGGGCUUUCUCGAGGCCGUUGAUCAGCUUGGGAAAGUGGUAGACGUAUUCCUCAAUGCGUCAUCCUUCAUCGCGUUUGUUUGGGGACCGGUCAAGUUUCUGUUGCUGGUAAGCACUACCUGGGCAGAGUCGCUGGACACCCUUCUCGACGCUUACCGGCAGAUUGGCGAGCUGAUCCCCCAGCUGCUGCAAUACAAGGAUCUGUUCGAAGAGGAUGAGGGCCUGCGCAAUAUCCUCGGUCACAUUUACACCGAUAUUCUGGAAUUUCAUCGUAAGGCUCUGCGGAGCUUUGAUGGGUCGGGGUGGCGUCAUGUUUUUAAAGCAACAUGGAAGACCUUCAACGCCACUUUUCGGCACAUUCUGGAAGAUUUACGACGCCAUAGGGACUUUCUUUCGGAGCAAGCCCAGUUGAUUCAUUACCGCCACUAUCGCUCUGACAGACAAAUGCUGCAAUCCCAUGUCCAAAAGUAUGAACUGGAUAGAGACCGCAUAUUUGACGAGUUUCGAAGGGGUUAUAACAGUCAGAGGGAGCAAGAGUACAUCUCGGCUGUUCAGUGGAUCUCAGCACCACAAAUGAUUCUGGAUCACGAAGCAUUCUGUGAAGUCAGGAAGGAAUGCGCCGGCUCUGGUGACUGGAUUCUACAGCAUCAUAUCAUUCGCGAAUGGAGGGACAUUGAUCCACCGGUGUCAUCCAUUGUGUGGAUGAACGGCAUACCCGGCGCUGGUAAAACAAUUCUAGCAUCCACAAUUAUUCAGGACUGUUUGCGAGAUCAAUCUGUUACUAGCUAUUUCUAUUGCAAGGGCUCUGACUCUCAGACAAACACGACUCUCUCGAUCUACAAGGGAAUUUUGAGCCAACUAAUAUCGCAGUUUCGAGAACUGGUACCCUAUUUCCGUGAGAGACAACAAAAGAGUGGCGAUGUGACACUAAGCUCCCUCGAGCUCGCCAAGGGCUUACUUAAGAUAGCAUUUCAACGGAUCCCUAGACAGUGUAUUAUUAUCGAUGGUUUGGACGAAUGCGAGCCUGUGCACCAGAACCAGAUUCUUCCUUUUCUCAAGAAAUGUGUUGAAGAUUAUGAUGGUGAUGACCCUGGGAAGCUUCGAAUUUUGGUAGUCAGUCAAGAUACGCCGUCUAUUUUUAACUUUUUGAAGACUACAAGCAUUAUCCGCCUCAAGGCACAGGAUAACGAAUGCGACAUCAGGGCAUACGUGAAGAAGCGGGGCAGUAUAAUUCAGGUCAAGCAUGGCCUUGAUGACAGUCAGAGAAAAGAGAUUGAGGAUAUGACUUGUAUUAGAGCGCGUGGCAUGUUUCUCUUUGCAAAGCUCGUCAUGGGAAACCUAGAGCGUCAGACUCAAAAAAGAAACGUGGUUGGCGAGGAAUUGACAAAUUUUCCAAACGGACUCGGAGAAGCAUAUGAGCGUAUCAUGAGUCGAAUGGAGAGAGAUAGCAGCGAUGAUGAGUUGAAGAUGGCAAGAAAGCUUUUGGGCUGGAUGGUCUGCGCAUGCAGACCGAUGAAAUGGACUGAAAUCCAGGCCGUAUUAUCUAUUUACAUGGACAAUGAGCAGAUAGACUUUGACAGUCUAAAGCUUCGGGUCCAUAUUCGCGAUAUCUGCGGAUCUUUGGUUCAAGUAUUGCCUGGAGAGCGGGUGGAGCUGGUGCAUAGUACUGCGAAGAUGCACAUCACCGGGUCCAAUUAUAUCUAUGAGCCCUUGGUGCAAUACCAUCUCACAUUUUCCUGUCUGGGGUACCUGACCUUUGACUGCUUCACGACAGAGGAGCAAAAUGAACUGGAUCGUUAUGCUCUAGACGGCUACUAUGUGCUUCAAGAUUAUGCGAUAGCUGAAUGGGCCAACCAUUUACUAGCAAUGCUCAAUUACGGAACCAGUCUAGUGUCAAGCAUCACAGACACAGAUGUGUCCUUGGAUCAUUUCAACGACAUACUCUCCAGUUUUGUUGACAUCUAUGAGGUCACAGAGGCUGAUGAAGUGGACGAGGCGUGCAAACCAUUCGAAGGAAGCCCAGCUCAUGAUAACCUUCUGAGCUUGUUUGAUAAUAUUAGGCGACACAGAGCAAAAGGGCCCGAGACAAGAAAUGAUGUAAGCGUCGAGGGGUUACAUCGAGCUUUGGUUCGUGUGAGAGGCAGGAUCGAGAGCUUAGGGUCCUCCACCAGCCUCACUUCGGAGAAGAAGAAAGCUUUCCAGUCCUAUUACGGGGAGAAGGUCUAUAAAUGCCCCAAGCUGAGGUGUCCAUUCUUCUACGAAGGGUUCACGGACGGGAAGACCCGAGACCAGCACGUCAAGCGCCAUGAUCGUCCAUAUAUCUGCUCCAACUUGGACUGUACUGGGGCACAAUUCGGAUUUGUCAAUGCCAAAGACCUCGAAAAACAUACAAAACAAUGGCACCCCGAGAUCACAGACCUAGAAUCAAAAUUCAAUGAGGUCAAGCCAAUAAAGGGUCAAGCCAAGUGGGCAUGCAAUCUGUGUGAUAAGAGAUUCACUCGCCGUGGAAACUUGAACAGUCAUCUUCUCAAUCAUACUGGAGAGCGACCGUUCGCAUGUCGAGAAUGCGGGAGAGCUUUUACGCGAGAGCAUGACCGCAGCCGGCAUGAGAAAAUCCAUGAGCGAAGACUUAGGUAGGUCGUCUGCAUAGACUAGAAUGCAGAUCUCAGAAGUUACUAGAACAACCUACGGAGUACAUCAAUCUUAAUUUGACAACCAUAUCUAC